AUGGCAAGGGUUGAGGGAGUUUUUUUGAAUAUGGAGGUGGGUCUGUUAAGUGGUAGCAAAUAUGAGAACAAGGGAGAAGUUAAUGGGAAAAAGGGUACCGAAAUAGUGUUGCAGAAAGACGGUGGCAUGAGUUCCUCUGUUUUUGGAAAAUGGAGUUGUGAUGUGAUCUGGAAGAGUAUCUUUAUUCCUUGGAGGUGGAUUCGGGAAGCAUUGUUGAAUAAACUACAUGUGGAAGCUGAGUUGUUCCCAUCCCAAGUUGAUAAGGCUGCCUUAUUCUGUGAAAAUAAGGAACACGCUUUGAACAUAUAUAGUGUGGAGGAGGUCUCAAUUGAAGGAGUGGGGCUCUAUCAGGUUCUCCAAAUGGUCUCCAGAGUCCAAUUUUGGAAGGAACAAGAAAUCUUUUCUGGGUUGAUGGUUGAUAGUGGCACUUUGGCUAUGCAAAAUCUGUUCCAAGCAAAAAUUAAAGUGGGUAGAUGUGGAAAAGGGAUCAUUCUUUCAUUGUUAACUGUUGAAUUGCAAGGGAAAAGUUUCCAGAUUACAAUUAGGGCUCUUUCAAGAUUGGGAAAUGUUAGUGAUCAUCUGAAACUAAGAAAAUUGUAUGGUAUUACCAAAAAAUUGUACAACAGGCCAGAGGUUGAAGAUGAUGGCAUAGAUCUGGUUCCGUUCAGUGGCGUUACAUACAGAAAGGUUGCACAGAGAUAUCAUGCAUCUCAAAGAAGUGGAGAGGUUUCUGGGAUGGAAAAGGUCUCACCUUUUCCGAAACUUGGGCCGGUGCCUGCUGGUUCAAACAAGGAUACUGGAAAUGAUGUUGGGCCUGUUAAUAGGGUCCAAAUCUUUUUUGGAUUGUUUGAUAUACCAAUGAAUAUCAAUGUGAAGAGCCCAUUAUGGUCUUUUGGUGGGGAAGAUGAGGAGAUGCAAUCGAUGUCAGCUUUGGAUCCGAGUAAUUUGGAAGAGGGUAAAACCCUUAUAUGCGAAAUGAAGGAAGAAUUUGAGGCAUCAGCCAAGUUCGAAGAGAGAAGGAGAGUCAAUGAUGAGGGGUUUGGGUUGUAUCGGGGUUUCGAGGAUGGGGGUUGGGCAGCUUGGUCGAAGGGUGGUGGGGUUUUUCGGCAAAGAUCAACAAGGAUGGUAGGUGUUCAGCAACAGCAAGGCUUCGGGGUCUCUUAUGUUGUGUUGUUUAGGAUGAUGGUGAGGAGACGUGGAUGCCAUGGAGGAGAUAAUGUGGUGGUGCCUAGGGUGGCAGAGGUGAUAAGAGAGAGAAAGGGGUAG